CGCUCAGUGUUCAAAUCAUGUGCGAAAUUGAAACCGCCGUCCAAAUCGCCCACCGGAUGGUGUCCCGCACGUCCAGUGCGGUGCGCUGUCUGGACACUAAUCUCUUUCCCGGGGACGGCGGACCGGCAAAAGGCGAACUGGUCGAACUCACCGGCAAAACCAACUGCGGCAAAUCCGUACUGAUGCUGGAACUGAUUGCGCGGAUAAUCCUACCGGUGGAGCACGGUGGCCACGGCGUCGGUGCGGUGUUUGUCAACUGCGACAACAACGUCCACAUGCUGCGGCUGCUGGACAUCAUGGAGAAGCAGAUCGUCAACAACUCGAGCCCUGCCGGGCGAAACAUGGGACGGGAGGAGAUUCGUCGCAUUCGGGAGGAAUCUUUUACGCGGUUGACCAUGAUCAAGUGCUGCACCAUGGACGAGUUUGAGUUUACGCUGCUUUCGUUGAACGACGUCUUCCUGAAACAUCCCGCGGCUUCGUACCUUCUGAUUGAUUCUCUGGUGGCGUUUUACUGGAACAAAUGCACCGAGAAGAACCUCAUCCGGAUGGACACUUAUCUGAAGUCACUGUGCGUCCGGCUGGAGAAGCUCUGCAAGGAACUCCAGCUGGUGGCCAUUUUCACACGGCCGUCCUACUUUGGCACUGGGCGCGAAUCGACCUCGGAUGGGCUGGUUGAAGGGAGUCAAUCUGGUGCGGUGGCCGCAGUCCUGGCGGCGUCGACUUCAGCGUUUGGAUCAGGGGGAGGAGGCAAUUGGAAGCAGGUUGUGAAGCAUCGGAUUGAGCUGGCCGAAGCGGUCACGCCGACGCCGAGCGAGGAUCGCAAGUUUAACGCCUUUGUGACGUCCCGGGAGCGGCAGUUGAUCAAGUUUUUUGUGAUUGAUGGGUAUGGGAUUAGCUGGUUAAACUGAUAAUAGA